AUGUUUUUCUUUUUCACGCUUAUCGCCUUUGUCUUUCCCAUAGCUACACCAGCUGAACUGCUCCCGAGAAAAGUAGUUGAUCUCACAAUCGAAGCCGGCAAUCUUGUUGGCACUGGCGUAAUAGAGUUCAAGUCACCCAUUCAAAAUACUGAUGUGGCCACCAAAACAGCCCUGACGUGCAGUGAUACCUCGUACGUCGCAACAGGAACGUAUCAGACGGGCCCCACAACUGCUGCCAUAAACGAGGAGACGUCGUUUCUUUCCACUUCACCCACUCUUACACCGUCUCAGCCUUUCCCCCUCGUUCCAACAACUCAUCAGUACUUCCCAAAUGUUUCUACCGGGCCGACACCUACUCCAACAACCACAGUUCCUAUAGUGUCUGGCGCCAUAGCCUUGCACCAUGUGGCUCAUACCUCAUUCUUGAGCCUGGUCGCGAUUGGCUUCUAUCUUCUUGUCUUUUAG